CGCGGUGGGGGCGACGGCGCUGGCGGCCGGUGACGCGCCAAGUGUGUGCCCGCCAUAGCGAGAGCGGCCGCCGGGCGACGGUGCGUGGGGCCGGGAGGAAGGCUGAGGAGGAGGCCGAGAGAGGACGACGAGGCGGCGGCGGCGAAGGGCCAGGCAGUGUGAGUCAUGUCUUCAUGUUCUGAGCUUGUGGAUUCCAAAGCUGAGCUGACUGCUUUGCUGGAGCAAUGGGAGAAGGAGCAUGGCAGCGGACAAGACAUGGUUCCGAUACUUACUCGAAUGUCAGAAUUAAUUGAAAAGGAGACAGAAGAGUACCGUAAGCGAGAUCCAGAUCCAUUUGAUGAUAGGCAUCCUGGUCGGGCAGAUCCAAAAUGUAUGCUUGGCCACUUGCUGAGGAUCCUCUUCAAGAAUGAUGAUUUCAUGAAUGCACUGGUGAAUGCUUAUGUGAUGACAAGUAGAGAACCUCCCUUGAAUACUGCUGCUUGCCGACUCCUUUUGGACAUCAUGCCUGGGCUAGAAACUGCUGUGGUCUUUCAGGAGAAGGAAGGCAUAGUUGAGAAUCUCUUCAAGUGGGCACGAGAAGCUGAUCAGCCUUUGAGAACAUAUGCAACUGGGUUGCUGGGAGGUGCCAUGGAGAACCAAGACAUUGCUGCCAACUACAGGGAUGAGAAUUCUCAACUGGUGGCCUUUGUCCUUCAGCGUCUGCGAGAACUGCAAGUCCAUGAAAUGAAUGCAAAACAUGAAAACAAGCGGCCCAGUCCUCGAAAAGUGCCCUCAGACCCUCUGCUGCCUCUUGAUGAGGAGGCUGUGGACAUGGAUUAUGGGGACAUCACAGUAGAUGGCGAGCAGGAGGAAGUGACCAGAGAUGUGGACAUCUCAUUUAACCUUGACUCUAAUCACAAGACUAGUAGUCGGGUGAACUCUGCUACAAAAAAAUCAGGGAAGCAACAUGAAAGGGAGAAUUUCCGGAAAGCAAAACAAAAACUUGGGUUCUCGACAGAGCCUGAUAAGAUGUUUGUUGAACUGUCUAAUAGCAGCUGGUCUGAAAUGUCUCCUUGGGUCAUUGGCACAAACUAUAAUUUAUACCCUUUGACUCCUGCUAUAGAACAAAGACUAAUUCUGCAGUACCUUACUCCCUUAGGGGAGUAUCAAGAGCUGCUGCCCAUCUUCAUGCAGCUUGGGUCAAGGGAGCUGAUGAUGUUCUAUAUUGAUUUGAAACGGACCAACGAUGUAUUGCUCACGUUUGAAGCCCUAAAGUAUUUGGCAUCAUUGUUGCUCCACAAUAAGUUCGCAACUGAAUUUGUAGCCCAUGGAGGAGUACAAAAGCUACUAGAGAUACCCCGUCCGUCCAUGGCAGCUACAGGAGUCUCCAUGUGCUUAUAUUAUUUGUCUUACAAUCAGGAUGCCAUGGAAAGGGUAUGCAUGCAUCCCCAUGUGUUAUCAGAUGUUGUAAAUUACACCUUGUGGUUGAUGGAGUGUUCUCAUGCCUCAGGCUGUUGCCAUGCUACUAUGUUCUUCUCUAUCUGUUUCUCAUUCCGGGCCGUCUUAGAGCUCUUUGAUAGGCAUGAUGGUUUACGGCGCCUUGUUAACCUGAUCAGCACUCUAGAUAUCCUAAAUUUGCAAACUCAAGGUGCUCUCUUAAGUGAUGAUGAGAUCUUUGCUAGCCGUCAGACUGGGAAGCACACAUGCAUGGCCAUGCGCAGAUAUUUUGAGGCACAUCUUGCCAUCAAAGUGGAACAAGUGAAGCAGUCACUCCAGCGCACAGAAGGUGGGAUUCUGGUUCACCCACAGCCUCCAUAUAAGGCUUGUUCCUAUACACAUGAACAAAUUGUAGAAAUGAUGGAAUUUCUCAUAGAAUAUGGGCCCGGCCAGCUUUAUUGGGAUCCAGCCGAGGUCUUUCUCAAACUGUCUUGUGUGCAACUUAUGCUCCAACUUAUUUCAAUAGCAUGCAACUGGAAGACAUACUAUGCCAGGAAUGAUACAGUGCGUUAUGCUCUGGAUGUUCUGGCCAUCCUUACUGUGGUUCCCAAAAUCCAGUUACAGCUAGCAGAGGCAGUGGACACGGUGGAUGAGGGAGGGACUUCUAUUUCCAUUGUGGGUAUUAGCAUCAUCCUGGGACUUGCUGAGGGAGAAUUUUUUAUUCACGAUGCAGAGAUCCAGAAGUCAGCUCUGCAGAUCAUCAUCAACUGUGUGUGUGGCCCUGACAAUCGCAUCUCAAGCAUUGGGAAAUUCAUCUCUGGCACCCCUCGUCGAGCCCUGCCCCAGCCCGCUAGGAGUAGUGAGCACACUUUGGCCAAAAUGUGGAAUGUGGUGCAAUCCAAUAAUGGCAUCAAAGUCCUGCUGUCUUUGCUCUCUGUAAAAAUGCCCAUUACAGAUGCAGACCAGAUCCGAGCGCUGGCCUGCAAGGCAUUGGUUGGUUUAUCUCGGAGUAGCACGGUCCGGCAAAUCAUCAGCAAGUUGCCCCUGUUCAGCAGCUGCCAGAUCCAACAGUUGAUGAAGGAGCCUGUGCUUCAGGAUAAGCGCAGCGAACAUGUGAAGUUCUGCAAAUAUGCGGCUGAGCUGAUUGAGCGUGUCUCGGGAAAGCCCUUGUUGAUUGGGACAGACGUCUCCCUGGCUCGGCUGCAGAAAGCAGAUGUGGUGGCUCAAUCAAGAAUCUCAUUCCCUGAGAAGGAGCUACUUCUUUUGAUCAGGAACCAUCUCAUCUCUAAAGGGCUUGGAGAAACGGCUACUGUCCUUACGAAAGAAGCAGAUUUGCCCAUGACAGCAGCCUCUCACUCCUCUGCCCUCGCCCCAGUCCCUGCUGCUGCCUCUCCUGUGACUCUGCCUCGUACCCCUCGUAUAGCAAAUGGCAUUUCAGCCCGGUUGACUAACCAUCCUUCUGUGGGUGCUGGCGCUGCCUCUGUCCAUGCCCAACCAAGGCAGACUGCUUGCCAAAGCUCACUUGCACUUCCAGGCCCGUCUCACACCACCAGCACCCCUGUGAUUGGCAGAAUUAGCUUCAUCCGAGAGCGGCCGUCCCCUUGCAAUGGCAGGAAGAUCCGAGUCCUUCGGCAAAAAUCAGACCAUGGGGCCUACAGCCAGAGCCCUGCAAUUAAAAAGCAGUUGGACAGGCACCUUCCUUCGCCUCCCACGCUGGAUAGUAUAAUCACAGAGUACCUUAGGGAGCAACAUGCACGUUGCAAGAACCCUGUGGCCACUUGCCCCCCCUUUUCUCUUUUUACACCUCACCAGUGUCCUGAACCAAAACAGAGGCGCCAAGCGCCAACUAACUUUACCUCGCGGCUCACCCGCAGAGCAGCCUUUCCAAAGUAUGGCGGGGUGGAUGGUGGAUGCUUUGAUAGACAUCUAAUAUUCAGCAGGUUCCGUCCAAUUUCUGUAUUCCGGGAAGCAAAUGAAGAUGAAAGUGGCUUCACAUGUUGUGCGUUUUCUGCACGGGAGAGAUUCCUGAUGUUGGGGACCUGCACAGGGCACCUGAAACUAUAUAAUGUCUUCAGUGGGCAAGAGGAAGCUAGCUAUAAGUGCCAUAACUCGGCCAUCACACACCUUGAGCCAUCUAGGGAUGGCUCUUUAUUGCUGACAUCUGCUUCAUGGAGUCAGCCUCUUUCUGCACUGUGGGGAAUGAAGACUGUCUUUGAAACGAAGCAUUCCUUCACGGAUGACCACUAUGUGGAAUUCAGCAAGCAUUCUCAGGACAGAGUCAUUGGCACAAAGGGCGACAUUGCUCAUAUCUAUGAUAUUCAGACUGGCAACAAGCUGUUGACUCUAUUUAAUCCAGAUUUGGCAAACAACUACAAGAAGAAUUCUGCCACCUUUAACCCCACAGAUGACCUUGUAUUAAAUGAUGGUGUCCUCUGGGAUGUCCGCUCUGCACAGGCUAUACAUAAGUUCGACAAAUUCAACAUGACAAUUAGUGGUGUUUUUCAUCCGAACGGACUGGAAGUCAUAGUCAACACAGAGAUUUGGGAUUUACGAACUUUCCAUUUGCUACACACAGUACCAGCCUUAGAUCAGUGUCGUGUUGUCUUUAAUCACACUGGAACAGUUAUGUACGGAGCUAUGUUACAGGCUGAUGAUGAAGAUGACCUGCUGGAAGAGAGGAUGCGAAGCCCCUUUGGAUCAUCUUUCAGGACAUUCAAUGCAACAGAUUAUAAACCAAUAGCCACCAUUGAUGUAAAAAGGAAUAUUUUUGACCUCUGUACAGACACGAAAGACUGUUACUUGGCAGUUAUUGAGAACCAAGGAAGUAUGGAUGCCAUGAACAUGGACACUGUUUGCAGGCUAUAUGAAGUGGGCAGGCAGCGAUUGGCAGAAGAUGAGGAAGAUGAGGAGGAAGAUCAGGAGGAGGAGGAGCAGGAAGAAGAUGAUGAUGAGGAUGAAGAUGAUACAGAUGACCUGGAUGAGCUGGAUACUGACCAGCUGUUGGAAGCUGAUAUGGAGGAAGAGGAAAACAACGAGAAUGCAGGAGAGGAUGGAGAAAAUGACUUCUCACCUUCUGAUGAUGAGGAACUGGCGAACCUGCUGGAGGAGGGAGAUGAAGGGGAGGAUGAAGAUUCUGACGCAGAUGAGGAAGUUGAGCUGAUUCUUGGUGACAGUAAGUAUGGCUUCCAGAAAAUAGAUUUUGGAGUAAUCCACAGAGAUUGUAUAAAGAGUAAGACACCCAUCCAUUUCACAAAAGUGCUCUAAGCUUUUUUUCUAGAUUCCAGUUGUGCCAGCUUCUCUUCUUUCUCAGUAGUCUCAGAAGAAAGGGAAGUGAUUUCCCAUAUUGUGGUUCUGAUGCCGAACAUUUAUCCUCAGUUUCUAGUCCAAACUGAUGAGAUUUUUUUAACCGUACAGUUUUGUCUUUGUAGACAGUACUGCUACUAACCCAUCUCUGUAGAUACAAGGCUAAGCAAUUAGGAUUUUUAAAAAUAGAGGGUUCCUAAGGUUCUGUUGACCUAUAAAGUUAAUAGUGGUCAUGAAAGCAUUGCUCAGUGAAGUGAGAAAAUCUGUUUCCUGUAGGCCUCAAAAUUUAGCCAUCUCAUCUUCAUAUGACAGACUCAGUUAUAUUAACACAGUUGUUAUAUAGUGUAAAAUGUUUACAACAUGAAGUUAUCUUUAAAAGCCAUGGACUGCUGAGUGCUAUAGACCACAGCAUGUGGACCUAUAGCACACAGCAUGAUGGAAACUGUCCCCUUUAAGCUCUGUAUCUGUGUGAGUAACUCAAUAAGACAUAUUUCUGGCUAAACAUGGCAUGGGUUCAAGCUACAGCCAUCUUCCAGGUGAAGAAAGUCCCAUCCCAUCCCCCCGGCUUGCUUUUCAGGAGCAUACUAUGUCAAGCAUCCAUAUUAUGGGUGUACAAAGUUACUCAUUUCAGAUGCACAUGGAAACUUGAUGCUGCCUCAAACAGUAUACAUAGCUUUGCUACUUGAUUUUCCUUCAUUUGGCAAUCUAACAUUGUUACAGAUGCUGAGUGCUUGAAACCUCUGGCUUUUCCAGUGGUUCCAUCUGAGUGACUGUUUUUUUCAUUCUCUCUCUGAAAGCUCUAUUUUGUAAAGUUCAAAAAAUACACAGAGGAUGAUAAGGGUAAAUGAUGGGAGAGGUAACUUCUAAAAGAGGAUGCUAUCUUCUUCUUUAUUUAUAUCCAGCCUUUUCUCCAAGACAGGGAAUCAAGCUUGCUUCUGGGUGAAUAUAUAUACUCUACUUGGUUACUGUCUUAGGGUACUUGGUGCAAGAUCUCAUUGUGUAAUUGUAUUUCUUCUUUGUGAUCUCUAUGAAUCAACAAUUGGGUAAUCUGCACAAGGGCAGGGCAUUGUUCAGAACUUUCUAGAAUCACUAAGCAGAAAAAGUUUGGCGGUAACACCGUCCACAAUCCCAAGAUUAUAUAAGGCCCAGUUGCCACCAAAAACCUGUUAGUUUUUUGCCUGUUCUUCUACAAUUUGUACUGCCUUAUUUUUUGACAAGAGCUUCUUCCAUUCCAACUUUGCAUUGUGAUGGCUUCCGCUUUUGAGUCAUUUUGUUCAGUGCUUAUAGUCUAGACCAUUAUGGCCUACUCAACUCACUUGGAGAGGUGUAAGCAGUGUUUGGGUAAACUCGACAUGGAUGGGCAUUCUAAGUGCCUUCGCAAAGGACAUUCUGUCCACUCAUGCAUUCAUUGCCAGGCCUUUACACCUUAGGAAAGGAAGAAUCGGGAGGUGAUUUCGUUCCUCCCGGUAUUAACAGGCCCUCUCGCCUUCCUCCUCCUAAACUGGUUUGAAGCAGUAAGACUUGAGCUCCUCCACAUCAGUCCCAGCAACCAUUUUGGGGAAAUCUUUUCCUCCUUCAACGUUUUUGAUGAAAGCUGCCAUGAAACGUUUGACAGAGGAAGUGACUGCUUUUAAUUCGAAGAGGACAAAAUCUAAGGAGCCUACUCCUUCACCAGAGAAACCCCUGACACCAGGGAAGGCUUACAAAGCAGAGGAGACCAAAAAGAAAAGGUCAUCUCAUGCUGAACCGCUAAUCCUAAACGCUGAAUUACCAGGAGCCCAGAGGGCAACUUCUAAAACUAUUCCUCUCACCUUGUCUCUGGAAGGAAGGCCUGAUACCGGUGAGCCACACUCUGAGGGUGAAGAGGUUGAAGCUCCCAUAGAAGUGGUUGGGGCUUCCCCAGCUACACCUCCAAUUGACUAUGAGAUUGAGCCAGUAUGAAGCAGGGCCACGUCUCAACCAAGGUUUCAUUCUGCUUCGGCAAACCAGCCUGUUGGGGUGGAAGCCAGUCUGGUACCACCAUACCACUGACAUGUGGACCAGGUUUCCCUGAAAGUCCCUCAACAUUGUGCUCAAGAGUUGAGUCAAUAUUUUCAUGCCACUCCAACAGACAAGGAGGGGAAGAAGAUUGAUGCCAUCAGCAGGGAGGUCUGUUCUGGUGCUUCUUUGCUGGCCUGUAUCUCGACCAACGGGGCCAAUUAUUAGAGGCAUGUAUGCGACCCGAUUGCCCCUUUCUUUGACCAUCUAGACAACUAAGUCAAAUCUGCCUUAUCAACCUUUUGCCAAGAAGUCCUGUUUCUGGCACAUCACCAAGUCCAACUGUCUAAACACAUUGCUGACACUUCUGGUAAAAUGCUGGCCCAUGCCAUGCUUGGCUUCUCCCUCUAGCCUGAUCUGUUCCCAGAAACUCUUAAUUGGAGAAAAUAAUCCCACAAGAGAAGAUAAAGACAAAAAUUAGACAGAUCUAAACAAAGUAAUAACUAGGGAGGGGAUGAUAGAUGUGGGGAGAACUAUAAAAGGAAAUUUAAAAAGAUUUACAUUUCAUCAGUUCACCAAAACUAUUCAAGAGUCAAUUAUAUUUUUGUCUCAAAAGGCUUAAUCUCUAAAUCUCUAGAUGCAGAGAUAAGAGUUAUAAAAAUUUCAGAUUGUGCAUUAAUUAGCAUAGAUAUAAAAAUUUUAAAAAUAUAUAAAAUAGCUAAGAGAUAGAUAAUUGAUAAUAGAGUCCUUGAAGAUAAAAAAUAAGAGAAAAUUUAUCAAAAGAACUAAAAGAUACUUGGGAGAUCAAUGAUAAUAAUCAGUGUCUCUUCACAAUAGUGUGGGACACAAUGAAAGCAGUAUCUAGAGGAAUCCUUGUUAAAGAACAAUACAAAUUAAGAGAACAACAAGAAAUAGAAGGAAAAAGUUUGGAAAUGGAAAUUUUCUUUUAUUAAUUCUGACUUUUUUAUUUCCAUUACUAUAAAAGUUUAGCAUAUUUUGCCAUUUUUUAAAUUCUUGGAUCAAAAUUUUUAUAGAUAACGUUCUAAAUAAGAAAUUUAAUUUAGGUAAUAUUUUCAUUUAACCAAUGCUAUCCUACCAAAAAGAAUCCACAAAAAGAAGGUGGCUUAGGCCUCCCAAAUAUCAAACUAUACUACCAAGCCAAUCAAAUAAGACACAUAGCAGAAGGCUUAGCAAACCAAAGAGACUUGGAAUGGUUAGAAGAGAGUGAUAAAAAACUAGAUUUGAAAUUGGAAUAUAUUUUCUUUCUAGAUAAAAAUGGAAGAUAUAAGAAGAACUGGUAUAAUAAGAUAAGUAAUCCCUUCUUAAAAAUAUUUUGGAAAUCUGGAGGAAAUAUAAAGCAAAAUUGAGGCCAAGUAUCUCACCCCUAACUCCAGGAUUAAUUACAAACAAUUUCCCUGAAAUUUUUUAAAAAGGACCAGAAAAAGAAUUAAAAAGAAGAGAAAUAAUGACAAUAAAAGACUGGGAUUUAAAGAUGACAAAUAUAGAAAGAAUUAGAGAUCAAAUAUUAGAAAAUAAUAUAACACGUUAUAAAUGCCUGCAACUCGGAAAAUAGUCAACAGAUAUACAAAAUAAAUGUGCGGGGUAGAGAAUAUACAAAAUUUGAGAGGAUGAUUAUCCAAAGUGAGACUAAAGCAGAAAAUGAAACAAUAAAAGCUACAUUAAGUGAUAUUUAUUAACUAUUACUGGAAGAAGAGCAGAUUCAGGACCAUCUCAAAGAAAUAUGGGAAUUAGAUCUGGGAAGAAGAGUGAAUAAUCAAGAAUGGAAAAAAUAUGGAGUAAGCGCAACUUAAAAUAUGUCUAUAAGAAUUAAAGAAAAUUAUUAUAAAAUAGUAUGGAGGUGGUACUUAACAGCAGUUAGGUUAAACCAGACAGAGGAGAAACAUUCAAAUCAAUGCUAAAGAGGAUUCCAAUAAUUAAGCUUAUAUAUCCAUAUGUAGUCAUGUAGAUUUAUACAAAAAUUUUGGAAAAUAGUCUUUAAAGAAGUAAGAGCAAUAAUAAAAGAGGUAACAGAUACACCAGAAAUAGCAUUAUUAUCAUUGUAUGAUAAUAUUAUAUCCUCACAAGAAAUGAAGGAAUUAAUUUCCACCCUAUGGUAGCUAGACUGAUAAUUCCAAAAAAAUUGGAAAGAUAAAGGUGAAAUUCAAUUAGAAGAAUGGUAUAGAGAAGUUUGGAACAUAGUGAUUAAUGACAAACUGACUUUUGACAUUAAAGUUAAAAAGGGAAUAUGGAAACAAACAGAUUUUGGAAAAUAUGGGGAAAAUGUAUAGAAUUUGUAUUUACUGAAGGACGGGAACAAACCUGCAACAGAAACAAUUAAAUUCUGGAGAUAAAGAAUAAGAUAAGUUGGUCCAGGUGAAGGUAGCACAGAGAAAAGAUGGGGAAAGUUUUAAACUAAAUUAGGUGGUUUUUAUUAUUACAUCUAUUAUUAUUUUAUGAUAUUAAGUCUAUAUAAUGAUUGUAUCUUUGUUGACUUUUCUUGUUGACCUUAUUCAUAUAUUGAGAAAACUCGUACUACAAUAUACUUUCUCGAUGCAGAUAGUGUUUUAUUAUGUUUUUCUUGCACAUGCUUUUGUUGGUGACUAUAUUUGGAAUUUUGUUUUCUUGAAUAAAUAAAUAAAUAAAUAAAAGAACUAACAAUGUCACGGUAUGAUCCUACCUCGACAACUGGCUCUUAGUUUUUUGAAGAGUUACAAAAUCUGCACCCACUUGUGUUACAUUCAGUCUCGAACUAGAGCCUCUUGAAGCUUAUGGACAAGCCCUUUGAACCCUUGGCCACAUGUUUCUUACAUCUGUUGCCAUGGAAAGCUACCUUCUUGGUGGCAGUUACUUCUGUGCUUUCUGCCAGGAUCAUACAUACCUGUCUGUUCGACCUGAUAGUCAUUCUCAGGCUUGAUAUUAUCUUCUUGCCAGAGGUGAUGUCUUUGAUUUGAAUCAGGACCACCAAACUGUGUCAAAGCACAUGGAAUUAGGGUAACUUUUGCUUCUGUUGCUUUUCUCAAAGGGAUCCCACUAGAAGCAAUUUGUAUCCUGUUCACUUUUGUAUCACUACCGAUUGGAUGCUCGAUUCCUGAAAGACACUUCCCUUGGUUGCUGUUUUAUUAUCAUGUGUUUCAUGACUCCCCUCGCCUCUCUGGAGGCAGUUUUGGGGUUACUUUAUGUGUUUAUUUUCUAUGCAACUUUUCACUGGGCAGAUUUACUGAAUGUAUCAAAUUGUUAUCCUGAUUGUACAAGUUUAUCUUAUAUGAAUGUAUGGGUAUGCUUUGUAUGAUGCUCAUUGAGCACUUUAUGUGCAGUUACAUGCACCAAUGACUGGAAAGUGUGAGAUGACACUUUUCAGAAGUUUAUUUUGUACAAUUCUGCAAAAGUAUAUUCAUGUAUAUUUCAUUGGUAUUACAUUGGAAUUAAAUCUUGAUGGUUGUACAUAUGUUUUGUGGUACAUUCUACAUUCUUUCAAUGGACUGUUUACAUAAGUGUUCUUGUUAUGGGUACAUGAUUCAUACUGAAUAACGUUUUUUGACUUAGUACCAAAGGCAGUGGUCUGUUGUGUCAUGACUUCUACCUCAAAUAACUUCUGCUUGCUAGUCACCCAAUUGUGUAAUUCACAGAGACCACAAAGAAGAAAGAUAGGUUCUUCGAGUGUUUAUCUUUGAAUUUACACAAUCCUCCCCAUCCUCCCCAUACAGGGUCAUGCCACCUCAGAUCUCAAUACAGGCUGUGGCUGCAGCUUAGGAACUGAGGGGGUUUGGCGGCAACAGACCUCUUAUAGUUUUGGGAUGGUGAGAUGGGUUCUGCCAACACUUUUCUGCCUAGUGAUUCUAGAAGAUUACGACCAGUGCUUUGCGCCUGCACAGAUUAUCCAAUUGUGUGAAUUCACAGAUGACCACUGUAAUUGCCUUCUUGUCCAACUGCAAUAGGGUUGUUGACCCAUCAAAGUACUGAUGGAACAGAGCCAAUGCCCAACUACCUUGUAUUUGUGGAACGAGGAAAGAGAAGAUUUAAUACACUACCUGUUACAUUGCCCUUCUUAUAAUGACCCCAGAAACAAUCUCCUGGGAGCCAUUUAGAAGAAAGGCCAGCAUGGCAACAGUCAGCAGUUAUCUGUGACCUGUUAGCGGAUUAUUCCAAAAAUAUAACAUUAAAGGUUGCCACAUUUGCAGUCACAGCCCAAAAAAUCCAAGCUAAAUUUGUAAAGUCCACAGCGGAGGCUAGAAAUGGAAACAGUUUGGGAUAAUACAAAUCAGAUAUUGUUAUUGUUAUCAUGUCUAUGGGGAUUGUCACUGCUACUGUAAUAUGACAAAGCUAGUUUAUAGAAUAAGUUUUAAUGUUUAUAUUGGAAAGUGUAUACUGUACUUUUAAAAGUUGUAUAUUAUUUGAUGUCAUGGCCUAUGGCUAGUACAAUAAACAACUCACUCAUAGAUGAACACUCAAAGAAAUAGUUACAGGUAAGCAAUCGGUCCUUUCAAAGGAACUCAGAACUUGUACGAUAAUCUUUUAUGACUUGCAGGUCAGUGACAAUCUGCCUUUAUAGGAGGGUCAUCCAUUCUUCUACUUUGGGAAAGUUUCUAUGAAGAAGGAAACCUAACUAAAUUGUUCUUAAUUAAUUUAAUUUACCAUUGUCUCUCUUUUUUGCUCUCCACUAUUUUUUUGUUUUUAUCCAACCAUAACUGGAUGAGUUGCAGAAGUCUAUCUCAACAUGUGUGUUUGGUUGGGGUACUGCUUUGACUCUGAAGACCAGGCUCUAAAUCCUCUCUGAACCCUGAAAAUCCACUGGGUGGCCAUGGGACAAGUCACACUCUUCUGUCCUCAGAAAAGGCAAACACAAACCUCACCUUGCCAAGAAAAAUCUGUGAUAGGUUUGCCUUAGAAUUACCAUAAGUAAGAAAUAAUUUUAAGACACACAACAGCAACAAAUGGAAUAGAGAGGAGCUGACUGAGUGACUGAUACUGGGAGCAGAGUGUAUUAUUUAAAUAAACUAGAAUUCUUGAUUCUAGAACACUUAUAUUUGCAUCUUAAAGGGCACAUCAUUCAGAUACAUCUGGCUUCAAAAUUACUGAUUUAAAAGGAGUGAAGCAUGGAAAAACCUUUUGUAGAAAGAGAGGCAAGUGUAUCCAAUAAGCAUGUAGGUAGUGUAAGGGCAGCACAACUAAAUCCACACGAUCCACAAAUAAGUUGCAGCUCUUCCUUCUUCUCAGAGUAGCAUAAAGUCAACUGAAGAUAUCCAUCUCAAAAACCAUGUUUAACCAUGUAAAGGAUACAUGUAUAGCCAUGUAAAAACUUCUGUCAUGAAGUACAAUGCUCUAUACUUGAUCUCUUAUUUGAAGUUGCUCUGUAAUAUUAAUGUGCAUGUAUUAUUUUACUAGUAACUUCAAGUGUGGUGUGAUGCUUGCAGAAAGCACCCUUCAUCUCACCUUCAUUGAGUUUCAUCUCCUGGCCAUAUUGUGUCCCAUGUAGUGAAUAAUGCAUUGUUCUCUCUGUUCUCCAUUGUACUGGAUUUCUGGAUUAGUACUUUUCAAAGGCUUUUUUGUCAUGUUCUCCCUUAUGUGAGUCUAACUUAAACUGAGAGCCCUGGGCAAAUCUCUAGUGUGCAUGCGCUGCAUAGAUUUACCUGGCUGGGUUCUUUCAGCUUGCAUUCUGAUUGUAAUAUAGGACCUUCUUUUUAACAGAUGUCCCUUGAAAAUGUCAGUAAGGACUCAGGAAAAGAAGGGCUCUUUAGUAUUAGUAUUAUUUAUUAUUUAUUUCAUUUAUAUGCUACCUUUAUCUUAAAAUUGGGGCAUAAAUGGCUCACAAAAAGGAUAAAUUUAAACAGCAAUACAAAUUUAAAGACAAUUAUAAGUUAUUACAUUAAAACAGUGUAAAAUCAUUUUAUAAGCUUCCCUGUGAUCAAUUACUCAUUAAAAGCCUGCUUAAACGGGACUUUGCCUGCCUUUGGAAAAAAAAAAAACAGCAUGGAGGGGGACAGUCGAACCUCUCGAAGAAAGGACUUCUGCAGAGAGGGGGCAGCCACUGCGAAGGCUCUCUCAAGAGUCCUCACCAUGUGAGCCUGUGAUGGUGGUGGGACCGAGAGAAACCCCUCCCUUGGGGACAUUAAGGCCUUUUGAAGAGUUCUACCCUGCCAGUUAAUGUUUUUAUUUCUGCACACUUCUUCUGAUAAUUACAUUGCUGAAUAAACACCAUUGGGAACUAACCCAUACAUACUGUGGAAGCAGAGCUAUGAGCCUAAACAUGCAGAAUUAUUUCAUUAUCUCUCUUGAAUUUUCGUUUUGUGACACCAAUGUUUCACAAGUGAUGUUUUGAAUGCUACACUGCCAUAGAUUCCAUACACAAUGCAGUUGUACUUCCCUGCCUGGAUUUUCUAUAUCUAGGCAGCAGGUUUUGAUGUGGCUGUUUUAGUGACAAAGUAGAUGCAGGCAGCUGCUUAAAAACAAAGAUACUGGCCAAACUCGGCUUUCCAAGUGAGUCUUUCUUGUUGCCUAUGCUGCCUGUUCUGAAAUGAUAGGAUAUUAUUAUAAGACUGUUUUGGAGUACUUGGUGUUAAGUGCAAUAAGUCUGCUGUCCUUGGUAGGUUUUAAACAGACAAUAUCUCUGGUAGCUAUUAAACAGACAAAAUGAAGUACAUUUAAAUUCCAUGCCAGCAUAAAGUUGUUUUCCUUUAUCCCCUAAGGUAGUGUAUACACAAUGAAUCACAAACAUUCUUCUGUAUCCUCUCAUAUUUCAAUAGUAACCUUCAAUAGUAACCUUUGGAAACAAGGAGUGGGCCAGAAUCCAUUUGCCUAAGCACACUUUCUUACGUGUGUGUAGGAAUCGACAUGUUAUAGUAACUGCCCCACCUGAAGCAUAGUUCUAGACCCAGAGCAAACACAGUCAAACCUCCUCUGCAUUCCCUACCUGCAGGGGCAGGCUGUUACAACACAACCUUGAAAUGGGGAAGUAAUAAGUUGCCUUUUCCUCUCCACAGACAUGGCAUCAUCAAACCAAUUAUUAUUGGAACAAGGAUGGCAGUGAAAGUUGUCUGCCCCAUAUUGUUUAGUAUGAGAAAUGGCACCAUCUGUGAAGAGAAUUAAUGUCUCCUCUGUGGCCUGCUUUUCUAGUUAAUCAAACUAUUACAGAUUUCACUUCAGAAAUAUUACCAGCCUUUUCUUGUUUGUUUAGCUUUAUUAGGGUAUCAAGUAAACAGGGAGCACCAUUUGAUCUUUUACAGGUUUUGAAAUUUCAUCUUGUCCCCUUUUUGAAUAUAAUAACUAAACCAUGAGUAUAAUCUUGUGUCUCUGAUGUCUCUUUGGGCCUGUGAAUAUGGAUAGGAGAAAAGUCUCACCUACUCAACUUUUGCCUGGCUGGUCAUUGCUCAGGGUUCCUAGGUGACCAUAUUGCUGCUAAAAGUGGUUCUGGCUCUUGACAGUUACUGUUGGGGUGAAGGCGCUUGGUUUGGGAACCUUUUUGACAUGAAAGUUUUGCAUUGUUCAAAUAAACCAUUUAUCCCCUUUCUAGCUGACAGCUCCGAUAAUUUGGAUUUGGAAGAUGACAUAAUCUUAUCUCUGAAUGAAUGAGCAGCUAUCCCACAGGAUGUUGGUGGCAGGAAGGCGCCCGUCUCAGAAGCCAGGAGACCAAACAGGAGGCGAUACUGUGCACCCUCUCAGAUUGUAAUUCUCGGAAGAACAUCUAAAGAUCUCCAGCCCUCCUGGUCUUGCAGAGGACAGAUGCAGACUGCUGGCAUGGCCAGAGCCUUCCUACAAAGAGACUAGAGGGGUUUAAAGGCCUUUCUUUUCUUUCUUUCUUUUUGUUUUUAGGCUGAGACAAGAGUCUCCUCUCCACAGAGAUGUCUGAAGAUAUUUCAAUAUAUUUUCUUUGUAUAAAGUUCUUUCCUAAAGAACAGAAAUAGUUUUAUAUGAAACAAAAAAGGAUAAAAAAACAGGCAGAUGUUAUAAAGAGGGUAUGAAUAUGUACCCUUCUAUUUAGAUGCCAUGAUAAAUUUUGGGGAAAGGAAAAAGUUUAACAAUAACAAAAGGGCAUUUUUAUUGAAAAGUGAAGGGUGGGAGGCAGUGAAUCAUGGAUUGUAAAACUGUGGAUGAGUGAUUUUUAUUUUCAAUAUAAUUUUAAUAGAGGUGUUGCUACCUGCUGUGAAAUGUUCAUUUUUUUUGUCAGAUGCCUUUUGUCUUAUCAAAAACCCAAGACAUCCUGCUGUAGUGGCCAUGCGGGAGGCUGAAGGUCCUGUUCACAACCUGCCGUUGCUGGAAAUGAAGGACUCAUUUAUAAGUUCCCCUUCAUUUUAUCCCAGCCUUUCUUUUGUGAUUAAAAAUUUCAAUCUACCUUCCUUUCUGCCCUGAUUGUGAAAACUGCAAAUCGAAGGCCUUUUUCUUUAAUGUAAAUUGUAUUUAUUAAAAAAAUAAAAAUAAAAUUCAUCUCCAGUCUGUUCAUA